AUGGGUCGCACCUUUAAAUUUUGGAAACCCGUCUUCCAUUUAGUCUACAUUAUCACAAUCAGCUACUUCCUGGCUAAACGGCCAUCAACGAUCUACAACAUCAAGAAGGUGGCAAGAUUUUUUCCUGACAUGCGCCAUGUGUUACUUUGGACAAACAUUCCAGGUUUGGACGAAGAAGGUCAGAACAUUUUUAUCAAGCGCAAGUGUCCCUAUAUCAACUGCUAUGUCACUAGUAAUAGAACCCUUUUUGGAAACCUGGGUCAUUUUGACGCAGUGCUUUUUAACGCAGUGGACGUGAGUGCUGGUACCAAUGACUUGCCUGACGUAAGAUCCUGGUCGCAGAAAUACAUUUUUGUAGCAAAUGACUCCAGUGACAACUACCCUGUGUGUGACCCUGUUUACGACCCAUUCUUCAACUGGACUUGGACUUACAAAUUGACAUCAACAAUCGGCUUUAGGCACAUUUCCAUUCGCAAUGCCAACGAUGAACUUCUAAACCGCAUGUUCCCUUGGAUCCCCCCUGAGAAGAUGACACCCAUAGACCUACACCUGAAGAGCCAACUCUCCUCCAAAACAAAAGCAGCUGCUAUCUUCUUAGAUAAAUGUAAGAGCAGAAGUAAGAGAGAAGAUUACAUCAAAAACCUUCAGAAACACUUACAUAAAUACGACUUACAUGUCGACAUCUUCGGGGAAUGUGGUACGAAGAGAUGCAAAAGAAAAACCAUGAGCAAUUGCUUGUGGAGACUUAAGCAUCAGUACUACUUCUACCUGGCGUUUGAGGACUCGUUUGCGCCAGAAUAUGUCACCAAGGAAGUAUUGUAUGGCUAUGAGAAUAAUGCGGUGCCAAUCGUUUAUGGUGGAGCUGAUUAUCCGAAAUUUCUGCCACCAAACUCCUAUUUAAACGCCAUAAGACUGAACGAAGAAGCUCUUGCAGAAGCCAUGAACGUAGCAAUCAAGAACGCUACCAUCUACCAAGACUUCUUCCGUUGGAGGAACCAUUACUCCGUCAAGGCUGCCCGUGGCUUCGACCCUUGUGACCUCUGCAAUGCCCUCAACAAGAAGUAUUGGCUGACGUUUGAAACCAAGCAGACCGAGUUUAGGAAGUGGUGGAAUCCUUUAUUCGAGCAACGGUGUGCGAAAUGGCCUUUAAAUAUCAUAUUGUGA